AUAACCCUUUCUGGCUUCUAACCCAAACUUCCACCCUCCCCUGCUCCGCUCUUUCUUUUCUCUGCAAAACUAAAAUGGCAGUUUCAUCAUUUAGAAGCGGGCGUUUACCCUUUUAUCAUCACCCUCAGCUGCCUAGUAAAGCUUCUACUCCAAGAUCUGCUGUUUCCUUUAAGAAGCUAAAUGGGUGUUUCAAUUCCACCUCCAAGUUCAGGGCUUUCCUUCUUUUUGCCCAGUACUCUCAAUCAUCUCAACAAGAUCGUUUCUCCUCUCGCCUCCAAAGUAGCCUUGAGAACUUACCUAAACUGUUGGAGGAUAUUGUCCAGACAUCUAUAAGCACUGGUCCCCGAGGAGCUUUCAGGCUAGCUCAAGGUAUUCAAGCAUUUGUUGGUGUUGGUGGGGAAUGGCUUGCUGAUGUCUCUAGGUCCACAAAUGAACCUACUGGAAUACCAUCUCAAUUGCAGCUGGGGUUGCUUUCACCGCUUUACCUAAGGAAAUUGUUUGAACGUAUGGGUGCAACCUAUAUCAAAUUAGGCCAGUUCAUAGCAUCUGCACCGACACUAUUCCCACCAGAAUAUGUUGAGGAGUUCCAAAAAUGUUUCGACAAAGCUCCUGAAGUUCCAUUUGAAGAUAUUCAAUCAAUAUUACGUCAAGAAUUAGGGAGACCAAUUGAUAGCGUUUAUGAAUAUAUUAAUCCAACACCAAUUGCUUCGGCCUCUAUAGCACAGGUACAUGGUGCAAGACUUAAAGGCUCCCAAGAUGAUGUAGUUAUAAAGGUAUUGAAACCUGGAAUUGAGGAUAUUUUGGUGGCAGACCUGAACUUCAUAUAUCUAGCAGCUCGAAUAUUGGAGUUCCUAAAUCCUGAAUUCAGUCGUGCUUCACUGGUUGCCGUUGUUAAAGACAUUCGGGAAUCAAUGCUUGAAGAAGUUGACUUCUAUAAGGAGGCUAAAAAUAUUGAAUCCUUCAGGAGAUAUCUUGAAUCCAUGGGAUUAACAAGACAGGCAACAGCUCCACGAGUGUACAACCAUUGCAGCACACGGCGAGUUCUGACCAUGGAGAGGCUAUAUGGAGUUCCUCUUACUGAUUUAGACACUAUAAGUUCACUUGUCUCUAGCCCAGAGAAUAGUCUUAUAACUGCACUUAAUGUCUGGUUUGGUAGUUUACUUGCUUGUGAAACCUUCCAUGCUGAUGUGCAUGCAGGCAAUUUAUGGUUACUGUUUGAUGGUCGCAUUGGGUUUCUUGAUUUUGGUAUUGUUGGACGAAUAUCACCAAAGACAUGGGCUGCAAUGGAAGUAUUUUUGGCUUCUAUAGCAACUGAAGAGUAUGAAUCAAUGGCAUCUGCCUUGACUGAAAUGGGAGCAACCAAUCAGAAUGUCGAUACUAAGGCCUUUGCAAGAGACUUGGAAAAGAUAUUUUCAUCUAUUCAGGAACUUGAUACGGAGGUAAUUGUUGCCACUGCCCGAGGGACAAAUACAAAUGCAACUGCUGUCUCUGCAAAUAUAAUUGUCGAUGAGCGACAGAUGAAUGCACUCUUUCUUGAUGUGGUUCGGGUGAGUGAGUCAUAUGGACUGCGAUUUCCAAGGGAGUUUGCACUUCUAAUGAAGCAACUUCUGUAUUUCGACCGGUAUACACGGUUGCUUGCCCCCAACAUGAACAUGCUUCAGGACCAAAGGAUAACCAUUGUGUCUAAUAGACGAAGCAACUACAGGGACAACUUGAGAUAGAUAAUUCUAUUUGCUUAUAUUCCCCUCUUUUAUGUAUAUGCAAAGAACAAAGAAUGGGGCUACUUAAUGGUUAAUAGUUAUAUUCACUGCAUAUUGCACAGGCUUGUAGAGAAAGCUGGAAAAAAAAUCUUAUAA